AUGGGCAUCAAAGUUGGUCUACUCCCAGAACCUGAGAUGGCGGCCCAACCAGACAAGUCUGAGACCAAGAAAAAGAGGUCAGGAUCCCGAUGUCUAAGACACAGCUACGCUGGCUGGAUUAUUGGGGUUCAAAAGAGCGAAAGGGACUAUCUUACUCGGGGUCUCGAUUGGGUUGUUGCUCUUCAGGGCUCGAGCCCAUCAAAAUCAUGCUCGAACCCUCGGAGGCAUAUCGCCAUGAGAAACGGUUGA